AUGUCCCAAACACGCCACAUUGUCACCACGGACACCUCCUCUCAGCAACCAAUCACACUUCCAGUCAUUGACAUUUCUCCACUUUUAAAAAAUUCAAAAGAUGAAUCGUAUCAACAAGUAGUGAAGGAAAUUGGUCAAGCAUGUGAACGUUAUGGAUUUUUCUAUCUUGCAAAUUAUGGAGGUGUGGAUCCGGAAUUGGUCCAUGCUUUGAUGAAACAAGGAAGAGAGUUUUUUGCGAAACCUUUGGAAUAUAAAAAUAGAUUUCACAUGAAAAACAGUAGGGUAUAUCGAGGAUUUUUUGAAUUGGGUGGAGAACUCACUUAUGGCAAGAAGGAUUGGAAAGAAGGGUAUUAUUUUAGUGCCGAGUUGGAUGACAAUCAUCCUGCUGUACAAAAGGGCUUGCCAAUGCAUGGUUUAAAUCAAUGGCCAGACGAGACUGAUUUUCCUGAAUUUAAAUCAACAGUUUUGAAAUAUUUGGAUGCAUUGACUGAAUUAGGCCAUGUCAUCAUGUCAGCGAUUGGUGAAAGUUUAGGAUUAGGUGAUUCAUUCUUUAGAGAAAAAUUUACUUCUGAGCCAUUCAUUCCAUUCCGAUUAUUCCAUUAUCCAAGUGAUCCUGAAGCAAAAUUUGAAAAUGGUGAAGAACGAUUCGGAGUGGGUAAACAUCAAGAUUAUGGUUGUUUGACCAUUCUCAAACAAGAUCAUGUCGGUGGUCUUGAAGUAGAAGAUAAAUCCACUGGAACUUGGAUCAAGGCACCACCUAUUGAAAAUACAUUUGUAGUGAAUAUUGGAGACAUGCUCGAACGUUGGACCUGUGGACGAUAUAAAGCAGUUCCACACCGAGUUCGUAAUCCGAGUAGAGAAGAUCGAUUGAGUGCUCCAUUCUUUUUUGAUCCAAAUUUUGAGACCAUUGUCACUCCUUUGGAAGAAUUGGCGAUUGAGGAAGAGGAUAAGAAGAAAUGGCCUCCCAUUCGAUAUGGAGAUUAUAUUUUAGCCAAAGUAUUUGCAGUUUUUCCAGAGUUAAAGGAACAUGCUUUGAAAUAUUAA